AUGGGCCUCGCCCCGAAGGCCCGGGUCCCCCCCCGCAAGCCUCUCUCGAUUCAUCCUAUCGAAUCCUGGACAUAAAUGUAAACCACGGGCGCCACAGUUCUGCAUGUUUAUCUCCCCUACCCAGUAGAGAUGCUUGCAUCGCCUCCGCCCCCUGAAUGCCCUCCACCCUACGGAUCCACUCCUCCACGCUGGGGGUCUCUGUCUUUUUCUCCUUUAAAUUUAAGACCAAAAUAUCUGAACUGCAAACAGUUCAGCUAUUGUGACCUUAAAUUUGAAAUUCACUUUGAAUUCUCACUUUAAUAAAUAACCUGUGGGGGACGGGGUUUGACCGCCGAACGAGAUGGCCGCCUAAAGACAGAGCUCCGCACCCGAGACUCAUAACUGCCCUGCCAACAGCUGCAACCACGAACAAACGAUCUAACACCUGUACUAGACACGGCCCUAGCUGGGCCCCUGUACCUAACAUGGAUGCCCGGCCGUAAAUCAUCCAAAACCAGCCAAAGAGAGACCAUCUCAGUAGCAGAGAUGCUGACUACAAAGAGGCAUGCAGCAUGUGGCGCCCAAGCGGACCAGACCACUAAACAACUGGAGGUAGAUGAACCGGCACUGCUGAAAGGGAACCCUCCUGACACCUCCAAUGCCACAAUAUUACAAUCACUUACGGAGGUGAAGGGAUUCCUAGCGGCAGAAAUUGCGCGCACAGUGGUGGAAGUCAAGGCCAAAAUAGCCGCCAUCGGUACUCACACCACAGUGGUCGAGCAGCGCGUGGCCCGCCUAGUCUCAGCUCAUAACAGCUCCGCAACCCUCUCCAAAACCCUGAGGCACCGGAUCACGGAUCUGGAAAUUGAACUGGAGGACAUAUCCAAUAGAGCUCGACGUAAUAAUCUGCGCAUCCGCGGCCUUCCCGAAACUGUCAGCGACGCAGAGCUGGAAACUGCCCUAGUGAACUGCUUCCGUCAAGGUCUACCAGACAUACCGGAACACCUCUGGAUGAUCGACAAAGCCCACAGAGCCCUCUGGGCCAAGGGCCCUAAUAACAGCCCCCCCAAAGACGUUAUCAUAAAAUGGCACUAUUACCUCAGAUGCAGCAGACUGCAACCAUAUAAAUGGAAAGGAACAGAAUUACAAUUGUACCAAGACAUCACCCUGGCAACGCUGCAAAGACGAAGGGACUGGAAACUGAUCACAGACCUCCUGCGUGAGAAAGGCAUUCGCUUCGCAUGGGGCUACCCAUUCAAGAUUAUCGUAUUCAAUGGCCCCAAGCCCUCGAUAUUGCUACCUUCUAUGGACAUACAGGCGUUCCUGUCAGGCCUCGACUACAGCUACCUCUUAACAACCAAGAGGGACUGGCUCUACUGCCAGAGACCUGGCAUGGACGACACUCCAGAGCAACCUGAAUCCAUCAGUGGGGACCUGAGGCGAUGGUCUGGCCGGGAGACGGGCCCACAU